AGGUAUUUAUGAUGAGCAAAAUUAAUUUAUCACUAGUCGCAAGUGUUUGAACCAAUUACAUUACGUAAAUCUUAAGCAGCCGGACACCGUAGUUUAUUUAUUUCAUGUAAUUAAAUUAAUGUAUAUAUUACAAUGGAACUUUAUAGAUAUUUUGGGAACUUUGGUGUAACCAUACUAAAGAACUAAAUAGAUCACCAAAGAUGUGGCCUUUCACUCCUACUACAGUCACGAAACAACUAAGACAUUGCAAUUGCAUCGUUGAAACUCCAAAAAUUCUGCCAAUUCGACAAGCGACAAAUAGAAAAUGGAACGAUAAGUAUCUAUAUUUAGGUUCAAAACGGGAAGCCGAAGAUAAAUUAAGACCCGUACCUAUCCCAGGACUCGGUAAAACAGACGAAAUAAAGGUCUUGUACUUGAAACCACAGUAUUUCGGAAGUAUGGGCCAAGCUGAGCAUUGGGUACAAUGCGGGCAAAGUAUGUCUGAUGUCACUUACGAUCAUAAUCUCUAUACAUACACAGGAGAACCCACAUCUAACGUUACGUACACGUCUCUUAUGACAACUUAUCGAACAGCACGUGCGCAUCUUACAUGAAUCAAUCUGGAACUAUUCGAACACAUAUUGAUUGUGGUUUGGACAUUUUACACAUUCUAUUUAUUACUACAUUGUAUAUGUACAAUUUAUGCCUACAAUAAAGUAUAGGUACCUGUACUUACCUAUUUUCGCAAC